GCGGCACCACCAACAUCCGUUAUUUGGUCUUACCAUUGUUGCCACACCUUCUUGAUAUUCGAGAAGAAUACAACAAUUCACAAUGGUCACAUUUAGAUUAGUGUUUGUAGAGUGCACUGUUAAUUAAUUGGUUAGAACGAUGGCUUCCUUAGUUGCGGAUUACGGAACUUCGUCGGGUUCAGACAGUGAUGGUGAUGACGUAUCGGAUGAUGCUGAUAACACUUUCAAGGAGGAAGAGGAAGAAGAUGAGGAAGAUGAUGAACCUGGUGAAAAUAAUGACGACACACAAACUGAAACUGCUUCCAAAGAAAAACUUCCAUUACCUACACCUGAUUUUAAUGGCACACCCACCUUGAAAACUUCCGUCUUCUCUAAUCCAUUUGUUGAAGCUGAAAAAGCUAAAAGUGCUAUACUUGAGAAACAUGUAAAAAUGACUCCAACACUAGAUGAUACUAAAAUGAUAAAUGGUAGAAAGAUUUGUUGGAACUAUAGAAAAGGUAGAUGCCGAUUUGGUCAUAAUUGUACUUUCGCUCAUGACUCAGACCUGCAUAGAACAGCAGCUGAGUUGGAAGCCAUUCGAGCUCCGCAAGAAACUAUUAUUUGUCAAACUCAAUACAAUGGUCAGCUUUCCAUAAAUGAUGAAAAUGAUGUCGAUCAAGAGAACAAUCAUACGAAUAAACGUAAGAAAAGACCAGGAUUAAGUCAGUCCUUAAUUCCUAGUAAAAAGGUUUUAAAAAUGUACAAAGCCCAACAGACUAAAGCUAUUAGUAGAUAAAUAAAAAGCAGUAAUUAUAGCACUUCAAAGUAUAUACAGUAGUUUAAAAGCAAUGAAGACUAUUAUUGUCGUUUGCUUUUAAAAAGGAAAAAAAUAUUAGUCCUUCCAAUACUUAGUUAUAAAUACAAUUUUAUAAUUCUACUAAACUCGGUUCACAAUUGUAUGGAGGAAGCUGCUUUAAACAUGAUAUUUGGGAGAACUAUUGAUAUUUUAAUAUCUUCUUCCAUAUAUGGCAAUUUUUAUAAAUUUUAAUGACUUUUACAUAAAAAAAAAAAUAUUUAUGGAAUUAAAUAUAAAUUUAAGAUAACUUGCAAACAAUGCUUCCAGCAGAGUGCUAAUUAUUAAUUCAUAUUAUAUAUACUUUUCAAAUAAUGAAAAGCUUUAGUAUUCUUAGAUAGUACCUGGUAUAUAUCUCUAUGGAACAGGUUGCAAUGUACAAAGUUUAGAUAUUAUUUAUAGAUUUAAUACUUUUUAUGUGCUUAAAAAAAGAAUGAUUAGUAAGAAUCAUGUAUGCAACAAGUCGUUUUUGCAGAAAUGUUAUCCAAUUGUAGUUGAGAAAUAUUCAGAGACAUAUUAUUAUGGAUAUGAUAUAUCUUCUUCUUGUCUUCUGAUAAAACAUUUUAUAACUUCUCUCGUCUCCUGCUCGUAUAUAAUAAUUACUCGCUUAUACACGUAUGAAAAAGUGAAAUGUAGUAAUUACGAAAAAAAUUUCAGUAUAUAUGAUAUAAAGCAAUAUACAUUUAUCAUUAAAAAAAAAAAAACUCCAUUAAAAUAUAUUCAUACGUGUAAUCUUUGAUAAACAUAUAAAAUUAAUUAGACUUUUCCAGUAUAUAAAACUUUUGAUAUAAUAUAAUACUAAAUAAAGAAUGCUCACAUAUAUCAGUAUUUAAGCAUUCUCUAUAAAUUUUUCUCAAUGCAUUACUUCUUCCUCAUCUAUUAAUAUAUUUAUAAUUAUAUUAUGGAACUAAUAUGACUUGUUAAAAAGAUAUACAAAAUUUAUAAUUCUUUUUUUUCUUUUUUUUUUUGUUAUAUACAGGUAUCUUUAUGCAAUCAAAUAUAUAUUGUCACAGCCAGUCAAAAGUUUUUCCCUUAUAAAUAUAAUACAGUUGUUUAAUAUUAAAAACAGUAAAGUCAGAUAUGAUCUGUCAAUAUGAAGUGUACAAAUAGAUAAAAUAACAAACAUGAAAUUAACAUUUGUGUAUAUUUAAAAUUAGAAUGUGUUGUUAUAACAUUUACUCAUAUUUUGUACAACUGUUUGUACGAUUAUGAGAUUUUUUUUGAAAAUUUGGAAUAAAUUACAUACUGGUAAUCAAAUGUUGAUUUAUCGGUUCCUAUCCUCUCCCCCGCUUAUGAAAAUAUGUGUAAGAUUUAAUCUGAAAAAAGAAAAACAAUAACAUUGAUUAUUAUACUUAUAGAAAAAAAUUGUUAUUAAUUAAUAUUUAAAAGAACGAAAAAAAAAAUAAAAGAAAAUAAAAAAUUCCACUAUAAGAAUAGUUCCCAAAAUUGAUAGGCACAUGAUAUUUUAUUAGACAAUAAUGGGUACAAUAUGAGCUCAGAUCCAUUAUACAUGAGAUAAGUGAUAAUAACUUAUUAUUGCAUUUUUCAUUGAAAAUAUAUAUAUUUAUAUAUCAUUCUUUUUUAUUUUCGCGACUGAAUAUCUCACAGGCACUUUAUCUUUAAAGAAUGGCAAAAUGUGGUAAACGUGUCUGUCUUAUGUAAAUAAGCACAAAGAGUGUAACCACCAUAGGUCAUUUAGUCUCAUUUUAAUAUCUGAAAAAAACAGAUUUGUACACCAUGCCAUUGUUAUUCGAUCUUAAUCUGUUCGAUAUACACCUGUAAUAAAUUAUGAUCUUUCGUAGAAACUAUAACUCAGUCAUACUCUUGCAAUUAAUCACAGAAAUUUUUUUAUAAUUAAAUCAUAGUAUGUAUAUUUAACUUAUUGGAACGGGUAUGUGCCCGCUAACUAUUUAUAAGUUUUAUAUUUUUUUAUGUUAUAAAUACGUAAUUCUCGUAUGUCACAGAACAUUACAAUCGUUGAAACAUACUUUUUCCAUCAGUUUUUUACUUUCUUUUUUUUUUUUUUUUUUUUUUUUU